AUGGCGGAACUAAUGAGGGGCCUCCUCCACUCGGCCUGCCACGUCCUCGGCGGAUACAACAAAGACGUCGCCGACGACGGCGGAUACAGAGCAGCCGCGGCGCCGGCGGCGGAGACAGGGUUCAGGAUGCCGCUCCACUACCCGAGGUACAGCAAGAGAGACUACGAAGCGAUGGAAGAGUGGAGGCUGGAUCUCCUCCUCUCCCAGUACGGUAUCCGCCUCGCCGGCACCGUCGACGAGAAGCGCGCCUACGCCAUCGGCGCUUUCCUCUGGCCCGACCAGUACUGA